AUAAGAACAAGAAAAAGAAAGAAAGAAAUCAGACUUCAAGAAGCCAAGCCCUUUCUGGCGAUCAUCCUUCAUCUUUGAAAAGGAGGCAGUAUAUUCAGUCAACGAAAAAGAAAGGAUGUCCAGCAAAAAUUGUCAUGAAAGAAGUUCUUGUAUUUCCAGAAUAUAAGGCAAAACAAGAUACAGAAAAAGCAAGAAGAACUGCAAGUGAAAAAUUAAGAGAAGACCUUGAAAUUAUCGGAAACGACAUCAAGAAAGAGCAUAGAAUAUAUAUAAGUUUACCCAAGGAUGGUGAUCACCAAGAAAUGCAUCUAAUUGGUCAGAUUACAGGUUUCAUGAAUCCCCUGAACAAAGAUGUAAGAGAUAAGCUCUAUGAGAUGGUGGGACAUGGGGUCACAAGUGUAUCGGAAAUGCGACGUCACUUAAAAGUGUAUGUCGAUACUCAGAUGUUCCCCAAAGCCAAUAAGCCUUCGCUGACAGAUGCGGCAUAUUACCCAUCAGAUGCCACAAUAAGAAAGCACAUAUACUUAGCACAACUUCGUCUGAGAUAUUCCAAAAUAGACCAGGAAAAUUUGAUGAAAUUGGUUAGUCAAUGGCAAGAGAGCUAUCCCAAAGAUAAUUUUGAUUUUUUGCCGGCGACAUCCAAUCAGGAUCAGGAACUAGAUGAAGACAACAUCAACAAUGUACAGUGUGUUGAGCAAGAUGAUGAGGAUGAGGUCUUCUCACAGCUGAUCACAUCAACCAAUUUCUUCUUUUGUCACCAAUCAGAGUUCCAAAGACACUUACUUUACAGAUAUGGUAACGCUCUCUGCCUAUUGGAUGCCACCUAUAGAACAACAAAGUAUGCUUUACCUCUUUUCUUUCUGGCCGUGAAGACAAAUGUUGGUUUUAGUGUUGUGGCAGAGUUUGUUGUCCAGAAUGAGACCAAGGACUUGAUUGUACAGGGUUUACAAACUGUCCAAAACUGGGUAAACACAGCUCCAGACAAACCAGAAGGCUGGGAAUGGAAACCUAAGUUUUUCAUGACAGACUUCUGUGAGAGGGAAAUAGUUGCCAUAGAGGAGACAUUCUCAGAUAGUUUUGUAUUCCUCUGCGACUUCCACCGCGAGCAAAGCUGGACCAGAUGGGUCAGCAAAACUGAUAAUGGUGUGGUUGGAAGUAAAGAGAAAGUCCUAUCCAUGUUGAGAAGGUGUGCCCACUCUUGUUCAGAGGAGCAGUUUGAGAAUGCACUAGCAUCUCUCACAAACUCUGUGGAGUGGACUGGAAAUGCUAGGUUCAGGAAUUGGUUUAACAAGACCUGGCUAUCAGAGAAAAAACGUUGGGUUUGGGCUUAUAGAUAUGGUAAAGGCCUCCUAGUAAAUACCAACAAUGGGCUUGAGAGGCAAAACAAAAUUUUCAAAUACAAAUUCCUUGAGCAGAGAAAAGAUAAUCAUCUCUCGGGAAUGAUCUCCAGUUUGAUCACUGAGUAUUUGCCAGCUAUGAUGCUGAAGUACACUCGUGACAACGUGUUGGCCUCGGAAAGAGUUGGUCGUUCUUAUAUUGCAGAAAUACCAGAUUUUUUGAAGAACAGACCAGCAUCUUUUAUUAAGCACUGCAUGACGAAAAUAGAUCUUGCAGAAACAGUGGAGGAGACCGAUAUCAUGCAGAUGUCUGCCAACUGUUUUAAGAUUAAAAGUUUGUCAGACUCUCGAAAGAAGGUAGAAUAUGAUGUCCUGUUAGAUAAUGGCCAUGGAAUGCCAAGUUGUGGGUGUCAUGCAUGGACCUGGACUCUUCUGCCAUGCAAACAUAUAUUUGCAGUCAUCAAUGGCAGAUUUCCUGAUGUAUCAUGGAAGAACAUCCCCUUGAGUUACAGCAACUCACCUUUUUUCACAUUAGAUUUUGAUGUUGUGUCCAUAUCAGUGUCCGGUUCUGUAACAAAUGAAGAUGAACUUUGUGACGAGGAGGAUGUAUUGUGUGAUAUCACUGGUGAAGACAUAGGGCUCUCUGAUGCAACUCUACCAUCUUGCAAAAAAAUGCCAAGAUCAAAAUUAAAAAUUUUAGCCACCAAAUGUAGAGAGAGUCUUUCAAUCAUUCAAAAUGCCACCUAUCUUUGCCAAGAUGAAACUACACUAGAACAUCUUAGUGUUUUACUCAAUGAAGCAUCCUCCUACAUAAACAACAGGCUACAUAAGGAGGAGGGCCUAAUCCCAGAACCUUCUAAGAAAAGAAAAAGAGUUCAAGAACAACCAAUGUCUGCCAAAAAAAAGAAAUUGGACACAAAAUCAGAAAAUCGUCUAAAAUUAAGAAAAAGAAAGGAAAACAGAAGUUCAAGAUAUGGAAAGACAACAUCCAGAAACAUCUCAUUAGAAGAUCAAAAAAGAGAAGAGCAAGAAGAGGAAAUGAUAAUAAUCGAUGGCCAUUCAACUGUGCCACAAUCAAUUCUGGAGUGUAUUGCAGAAAUGGUCAGUCAGAUGACAAAAAAUGAAUGGGAGGCUCUUAUAUUCAAGGCAACCAAAGAGGCUGCAACAUCAACAGAUACAAUCUCACAAAUUGCCGUUACUUUACUUGAAGAAUACUGUGAAGAUGAUCACAUUCAGACUCUGAAGACCAUAUCUGAUAACCAUUGCCCAAAAGAUAUGACAAACCCACAGAAAUUUAGAAUGGCACUUUUAAUGCUACAUAAACUCGUGGAGACAAAAAAAUUCAUUUUGAAAAGAAAUUUUGAGAAGGAACGCAUGGAGAGGGAAGCUGCCGAAAAAGCAUGUGUAGAAGCUAUAGCUCGGAUGGAAGGUUUCAACAAAUCAGAACCUACCUCAUCAGGUAAGAUACAGAUUUUGAAGUUUGAAUUUUGUUUAAUAAAUGCCUCUCAACAAAUAAAUAUUUGA